AUGGAUAAAGCGAUCGUGAAGGGUUUAAACGACAAGCUUUAUGAGAAACGCAAAGCAACAGCGUUAAACCUUGAGAAGCUUGUGAAGCAAUGUUUAGCAGAAGGAAAUUACGAGCGUGUUGAUCAGAUUCUCGAUGAGCUUUGCCGUGAUUUUGCAUACGCCUUGCACCAGCCUAUGGCCAGAAAUGCUGGUUUAAUGGGCUUGGCAGCAGGAGCUAUAGCUCUGGGUUCGACGGAGGUAGGGCGUUAUUUGGACCGAAUCUUGCCACCUGUUUUGGCUUGUUUUGGAGACCAAAAUGAUCAAGUGCGCUUCUACGCCUGCGAGAGUCUGUAUAAUAUUGCAAAGAUCGCCAAGGGUGAAAUUUUGGUUUAUUUCAACGAGAUUUUCGACGUACUGUGUAAAAUCAGUGCCGAUACAGAGACCUCGGUUAGAGGAGCCGCUGAACUUCUUGAUCGGCUAAUAAAGGACAUUGUAGCAGAACGAGCCUCUAAUUACAUCAGUAUUGUGAAUAACGAUCCUAAAGACCUUCCGCCUUCCACGCGCACCGAUCCCCAAACAGGUGAGGUUUUGCAAGAAGAGUAUAACCAAGAACCAGAAUAUGCCUUCUCUCUACCCAAGUUUAUUCCGCUUUUGACUGAAAGAAUCUACGCAAUAAAUCCAGAUACAAGAAUGUUUUUAGUUUCGUGGCUUCAAGUACUGGAAAACAUACCUGAUCUUGAACUUAUAUCGUACCUUCCCUCGUUUUUGGGUGGACUAUUCACAUUCCUUGGUGAUUCUCAUAAAGAUGUAAGAACUGUCACGCACUCUCUCUUAGAUCUUUUACUCCACGAGGCACAACACAUAUCUGAAGUCAAGGCUCUUGCUAAAAAGAAGCUGAUGGAUAAAGCGCAAAAACGGCUUGUCUCGGAGGAGACGUCUGCUAAAAAGCAAGAUGGUCUUUUGAUUAGUGAAAGAAAGAAAUCACUGCUGACCGCCUUUGAACAGCUUGCCAUGAUAGACCCAUCCAGUCCUAUAAAAAGCCGGGUUUCUUCAAACGGAGAUGAAAGCAAGACGAAUGAAGCAACUGCUGCGGUGGAGGAGAACUCGGGUGUGAGCACUACUGAUAUUCUUGAGUCCUUGGAUUCGCGCAACGGGGACUUGUACUGUCCCGGGCAGGAUAUCCAUUUGGAUUAUCCCAAAAUCAUUGAGAUUUUGAUUAAUACAUUAGGCUCUUCGGAACCAGAGAUUCAACUAGUAGCGUUGACAUGGAUAGAAACAGUUUUAGACAUUUGCCCCUUGGCAUUUCUGCCUUUCUUAUCAAGACUGCUGUCGUUGCUUUUGAAAAUACUGAAUGAUGUUGAUCAUAGAGUGAGAAAGUUGGCUCAGACAGUUAAUGGGAAGUUGAUUGAUUUGACAGGAAAACUUGAUUACAAAGAUGAACCGGAGGCUAUAAACUACGGUCCCAUUGUCAACACACUGACCUUACAUUUUUUGGACAGUGAUGUAGUUGCCAAAGUUGCUUGCCUGGAUUGGCUGAUACUCAUUUAUCAGAAAGUUCCUAACCAAUUGCUAGAGCACAGUGAUAGUACUUUCCUAACAUUGCUAAAAUCUCUUUCAGAUAAGGACAACCAGCUGGUUUCCAAGGCAUUACACCUGUUGAGUGAUCUCUGCAAUAAUUCUAAUGAAGAAUAUUUCAAGAAGUUUAUUAGAGAUCUAUUACUGCUAUUCAAGAACGACGGGAAGCUAUUGAAAACUAGAGCAAAUCAUAUUUUCAGACAACUUGGAAUCAAACUUUCAUCUGAAAAAGUCUACAAUGUGGUCUCGUCUAUUUUAGAGGGAGAGGAAGACAUUUUAUUUGUACGCAUGAUGAUACAAAUUCUAAACACCAAUUUGAUAACCGCUCCGGAACUCGAAGGUCUCAGAAGAAAGCUAAAGGCAGGUACUGACAACGAAUUUUUUUCUUGUCUCUUCAAGUGCUGGUCACACAAUCCUACAUCUUUGCUUGCAUUAUGUUUGUUGGCAGGCAAGUACGAAUUGGCAUAUUAUAUUCUUCAAACCUUCGUAGAAUACGAAAUUACAGUGAACGAUCUUGUCCAGAUUGACAUUCUCGUUCAAUUAUUAGAAUCACCGGUUUUUACCAGCUUAAGGCUUCAACUACUGGAACAAGAACGCUAUCCAUAUCUUUACAAGUGUCUUUAUGGGAUUCUUAUGGUUUUGCCCCAAUCCAAAGCCUUUCAAAUACUUAACACAAGACUGAGCAGCGUUAGCACAUUGGCUGCUAGAAAAGUUCCUCCGAGCCCGUUCUACAAGGUAAAUGAUAGUUCAAGUAACUUGAGUGAGGCAUUAUCAUCAGAAUCGCUCAACUCUCCAAAUUCAUUUCACCAGAAAAGAACUAGAUUUCAAGGCCUUCUAGAUCACUUUAGGAAUGUAUGCGAGGUCGAGCUAAGCUCGCCAAAAUCUACUUGUGUUGAAGAAGUGCAUUUUGCACUUUUAGAUCAUGUUUUAACUCCCGAGCCUGUUUUCGGAAACACUAGCCAAUCUCGCGAUAGAAGUGAAGACGAUAACAACGACACUGAAUCUGUUAUUUACCGUGGAUAA